AUGUCCUCCUCUAUUUCUCCAAUCAUUGAGCCUAAUUACGGUGAGCCGGGAAGCCCACGGCGGAUUUCCCGCAACGAUGCAGCUACCGGUGCAUCUGCUGCAGGUGUCCGGGCUUUGAGUGCGCAGAUGGUAGCUUUCUAUUUCAGAGCGCCAAUCAAAGCUUUUUUUCGUACACGUGUUGAAGCUGUGAAUCCUCGUGUUGCCGAAGGCAAAUGGUCUCUUCAUACGACAACGCCGGGGUUGUUACUCCAUGCUGUAAGGACAUAUGGCUGGCGCUUUAUCCCUAACCAAGUCCUACCACCUUUGAUGGCAAACGCAGGGGUUGGUGCGGUCCUUUACACGUCUUAUCUUCAGGUCUUAGGCGCUCUUCAUGAACCUGUGUCUCAGGGAGUCAAGCGAGUCUGGCCCCCAGCUCCUCCCUCUGCAACAUUUGCUGCUGGUUUCACCGCUGGAACUAUUCAAUCCAUUGUUGCUGCCCCUUUGGACGCCUUGCAGGUUCGGUUACAAACAAAGGACAUGUUAAAGGGCCAAUAUCGAAGCAUGUGGCAUUACGGCCAUGAAAAGCUCAAGCAAAUUGGUCCUCGCGGGGUAUUUGCAGGCUGGGGUCUUUCAUUUCUCCGAGAUUCCUUUGGAUAUGCAAUUUUCUUCUCUUCGUUUGAGUACAUCAAGUCGCAAUCCUACUAUUCUUUCGUCACUUGGUACUACGGGUCUUUACAAUCCAAGCAUGUGGACAUGCUUCCAUCAUCGGGGUCCAGCGACCGUGGAGUACCCCUGAUCAAACCUCACUAUGCCCUGGAGCCUUGCUUCCUAAUGAUGGCUGGUGUUGUGGCAUCGAUUGCUCAGCAAGCCAUACAGCACCCUUUAAGCCGAGUUCAGGAUCUUCAUCUAGGUCGUCUGGAGUAUCUGGAUCACCAGGCCAGUCUCAUCCCGUCACGACAAAGAAUGAUGCAACUCUACUAUCAUGCGUACCAAGAGACUUUCAAGAGGUGCGAGCGAAAGGCCCUGCGGGCUGGCGGCUGGGGGCGCUGGCUGUUCCGUGGUUUUAUUGGAAGAUCUAUUCGCCAAGUUCCCAGCACCAGUGCCGGUCUGGUGAUCUUUGAGUUGGUUCGCCGACGUUAUGCCAGUUUGGCGGAUGCUGUUCAUAUCCAGAGCGAUGGAUAUGACAUUCUUCUCACUGAAAAAGGCAGCCGACGAUCAUCUCGCUCGUCUGCUCGCUCGGUUGAGUCUGGCUACUCCAUCUGGUCAGAUACCGGCGACCUUGGCGAGCAGUUUGCCGAGGAUCCGCUUCAAGAUCGCUUUCGCGAAUCUUUGAACCGCGAGCUUCUAGGCCGAAGAGAGCGAAGAAAACAGAGACACGUACAUUAUCAGACAGACGAAGGCGAACAGGAACGUUCUGGCAUUGAUACUGAGAAAAUACGAAUACCAAAACCACCACCGCGACACAUUUCAAGAGCUGAACGUGUGUUGGCAAAGAUCAUGUCACCCAGAAGCGGGCAGAAUGCCCAAAUACAUGGCUUAGUCGGAAAGCCAUUACUUGGCUUUCACUUCAAAGACUACUUCGACCAACCCUCCCGGGCUACCAUUGGUACUCUUGUUGCAGUCCUUGAAGUUGGGGCCUUUAUAUCAUCUCUCCUUGUGGGACGAAUUGGUGAUGUGAUCGGUCGCCGAAGGACGAUUCUCUAUGGUUCUAUCAUAUUUUUUGUUGGUGGUGCUUUCCAGACCUUUUCAAACGGCAUUCCAAUGAUGAUGGUCGGUCGUGUUAUUGCUGGACUCGGCGUCGGUGCUCUUUCUACUAUUGUGCCGGUUUAUCAGUCUGAAAUUUCGCCCCCUCACAACCGUGGCAAACUUGCGUGCAUCGAAUUCACUGGAAAUAUAGCUGGAUAUGCAACUAGCGUGUGGGUGGAUUACUUCUGUAGCUUCAUUGAUAAUGACUACUCCUGGCGCCUCCCGCUGCUUUUCCAGUGCGUUAUGGGUGCUUUACUUGGAUUCGGUAGCUUGAUUAUCUGCGAAUCACCCAGGUGGCUUCUUGACAAUGACCAUGACGAAGAGGGUAUGGUUGUGAUUGCCAAUCUCUAUGGUGAAGGGGAUCUACUCAAUGACAAAGCCCGUCAAGAGUAUCGUGAGAUCAAAAUGAAUGUCCUUGUCCAGCGACAAGAAGGCGAGCGAUCUUACUCUGACAUGUUUCGUCGCUAUCGCAAGCGUGUUUUGAUCGCAAUGUCGGCUCAAGCGCUUGCUCAGCUCAAUGGAAUCAACGUCAUUUCAUACUAUGCUCCUCUUGUGUUUGAAUCGGCUGGCUGGAGCGGCCGACAAGCGAUCCUCAUGACUGGAAUCAAUGGAAUUUCCUAUCUGCUGUCUACUAUACCACCGUGGUAUCUUGUGGAUGGCUGGGGUAGGCGGCCUAUUCUUCUUUCGGGUGCUGUGGCCAUGAUCAUUUCGUUGUCUUUGAUCUCUUAUUUCAUUUAUAUUGACAUCACUGCAACUCCAACACUCACGGUCAUAUUUGUCAUGGUCUACAAUGCAGCCUUUGGUGCAUCCUGGGGCCCAAUUCCAUGGCUAUACCCACCCGAGAUUCUUCCAUUGAGCAUCCGUGCCAAGGGUGCAAGCUUGAGUACUGCUUCGAAUUGGGCGUUCAAUUGGCUCGUGGGUGAGGUUACCCCGGUGCUUCAGGCUGCCAUAAAGUGGCGGCUCUAUUUGGUCCACGCAUUCUUCUGCGCAUGCAGCUUUGUGAUAGUCUACUUCCUGUAUCCCGAAACCAGCGGAGUUCGUCUGGAAGAUAUGAAUAUCCUAUUUGGCGAUGCGUCCACCGCCAUGCCUACACCUGCUACACAAGGUGAACGAGGGUCACUGAUGGGCGCUGGAUCACCCGUCCCCUCCCUUGACCUACGUCGACAAUAUGGUCAAGUCAGCACAGAAAAUGCCAUUCCUGGCCUAGACAUUGACCCGCCAACACCGUCCCAAGACGGCCCCAUCAAGCGUGGACGCUCGAACUCACGACAGGGCAAUGCUCGAGAAGAAGGCAUCGGUGGCUGGAUAUCGAGCAUGGUCAAGCGAACCCGUGGAUCGGGCCCUGGGGCUAGCAGCAGUCAGUAUCGGCGCCUAGAGCAGGGAGGGGGUGAUGAGCAAUGA